GCGGCGUCCGGUACCUUGAAAAAGGGGAAGUUCGGCUGUUAGGACUUGGCUACUCUCGUAGCCACAAUGCUUUCCUUGAAAUAGAAAGCACGACGGCGCAAAGCACUUCAGUAGUUGUUUGGACCAAGAAACCCAUGGGCUCGGAGAAGCGAGCUUCAGGGUCCAUGGCGAAGGACUUGAAGUUUCUUCGAUUUCCCAAAGCACCAAGCUCCAAAACACAGGAUCAAGAAACCUCGAGCCAAAGCAGAGGAAUCCGGGCAGGCACUGCAGAUGAGUUUUUCACGGCAAGCAGUGCAAGUGGGAUGACGCAAAAGCAAAGUGAAGGAUUGGCCACAUUAGACCGCCCGCAAGCGUCUCAAGUGAAACCAGGCGUUCUUCGCAUACCGAAGCCUUCCAAAAGCAAGACGCCUCCGAAAGAGCGUGACGUUGACAAAGCACCUGGACGCCAAGCUGUUCAGACCUUCUUGGGAGACAAAGCGUUCGGGCAAGAAGUCGUGGCUCAGGUAGACGUUUCAUCACCUCGACCUUCAAGUCGCGAUUUCUUUUCUGCAGAGUCCCGACCUGUGGCACCAUUCGCAUCGACGGCGACAUCAGAGAAAACCGUGUCCCAAGAGUUUUUCACGGCAAGAAGCCAUGUGAGCGUGACACAGAGCCAAAGCCUUGAGGAAACGGCAACGCUAUCACACCCAAGACCCUCUGAAGCCAAACCAGGGCUGCAGCCUGCAGGCCUUCGGAUACCAAAAGCCUCCAAAAACCGAACUCCGCCAAAGGGGCGUGUGAAGACUAGAACAUGGCAAACCUCCCAAGAGGCCCAGCAAGGCCUGGAGGCAAUGGAGGCUCCACACCUCCAACCUAAGACCGAUGGCCUCCAACCGUGGCAAACCUCCCAAGAGGCCGAGCAAGGCCCGGAGGCAAUGGAGGCUCCACACCUCCAACCUAAGAGCGAUGGCCUCCAACCAUGGCAAACCUCCCAAGAGGCCCAGCAAGGCCUGGGGGCAAUGGAGGCUCCACACCUCCAACCUAAGACCGAUGGCCUCCAACCGUGGCAAACCUCCCAAGAGGCCCAGCAAAGCCUGGAGGCAAUGGAGGCUCCACACCUCCAACUUAAGAGCGAUGGCCUCCAACCAUGGCAAACCUCCCAAGAGGCCCAGCAAGGCCUGGAGGCAAUGGAGACUCCACACCUCCAACCUAAGAGCGAGUCCAGUGUGGUGCGCACAGAGAUGCAGCUGGCCGAAUCUCCCAAAGAAGCAAAAGAUCUCACAGAUCUCAGCGAUUUGACCUUGACACGUGCUGCAAUUCGAUUACAGGCAUUGUACAGGGGGAAGAGGGCCCGAGAUGCAAGAGCCAAGGAAUCGUCCAAUGCGGUGGUAUACGCCAAAGUGGAGGUGCCAGAACUCAACAACACCGGGAACAUGGUCAGCCACGAACACGCCGUAGAGCAGACUGCCAAGCAGUUUCCUCCGGCCGGUGAGCAUGAAAAAUCCUCAGCCAGCCCCACACUGGCAGCCGCUGUCAAGAUACAAGCUUUUCACCGUGGCAGGUUGGCGAGGAAAGGAAUCCAAAAAAUCCCGAAGUCCUUUGACUCUCAGGGAGACACACCGAACUUGGCAAGUUCCCAAUCUGAAGACGCUGUUGUUCGAAUGCAGGCACUCUACCGAGGCUGGCAGGUUCGAAAGGGACAUCAAGGACACUCUUCAGCUUUAUCGAUUGGGCAGGUUGGAAUGCUGCGCAUCAAGGCUGUGAGGACUCACAAGGCAUCCAAAUUUCAAGUGAGGGGUUCGUUUCUCGAAGACAAUGCCAUGCUCCUACCAUCAAACCACGAAGCCACAUCCCAAGCAGCAGUCAGACUCCAGGCCGCUUUUCGUGGGAAUCGCGUCAGACAGCGACUCAAAGAAGAACGAUGGGCGGCGAGGAAAAUCCAAAAAAGCUGGUCUGGUUGGACAAAAUUGAAGAAAGCCCGCAUGAAGAUAGCUUCAGUUGCUGUGCUGAGAGUUCAAGUGCACAACUUUCACCAAGCUGACACAGCCACCAAAGAGCACAUCCAAGUUGACAAGAGUUUCUUGGAUACCGAAGAAGUUCGUCAAGGUUUAUCAGACUACGAGGCUGCGACAAAGAUUCAGGCGUGCUUUAGGGGCAAGAAGGGACGAGCUAUUGCUGCCAGGGAGGAGACCCUCCGACAUCAGACGUCCGCCAAUAUGUCGAUCAUGCCCACAAUGCCAGGUCUUGCUUCUUCAGUGUCUUUGGGGCCUAGUGCCAUGGAUGCUGUUCGGAGGUCUCUUCUAGCUGGCUCUGCUGUGGUCGAUGAAGGCAUUGCCAAGAUCUAUCGCCGAGCCAGUGACACCUUCGAAGAAGCGCUUGCUGCCAGUGAUCGGGCUGCCCAAAGAGCGUCCGUAGUGAUUGGUGAGUCGUUGCUCCAAAUGGUGAUCGAUACGUCGUCACCCGUUUCACCACGCGAAAAGCACGCCGCAGGUCACGCAGAGUCGCAUGCAGACACCAGUGGCGACAAGGAGUUGAACCGUCAGAAGGAGGCCAUUGCUGAUAUUGUCCAGUCCAUUGACGCAACCAGCGCAAAGCUGGAGGCUUGGCUUCAAAGGCGGGCACGGCAACAACCGGUGGCCACAAACAACGAGACGCGAGGCGAAAAUGCCGUCUGGCCUCCACUGCACUUAUCCGAGUUGAUGCAGAAGCGCCGCCGGGACCUGACAGAGCAAGGGUACGAAGUUGGAUGACAACAUGCUGUUUCUUCACCGAACUGAGAGACAGCCAUGGCCACCAGCCACACCACCGUUAGACCCUUUUUGGCGCGACCGUUUCGGCCCGGAGGAGCGGUCCGAGUGGAGGCGAAAACGAGGCGAACCGAGGCGAACCGAGAGUCGCUGCUUUUCGAGCCCGGUGCCAGCGAUGCCAGCGAUGGCGGUCAAGUUCGUCCUCUAUUUGUAUCACAGGGCUCAAGAUGCUUGGUCAAGCCACGCGAGGCCUUG